AUGUCAGGAAAAAUCUCCAUAAACCGUAUAUAUUACACCCGCCCGGCAAAAAUUCUUCUCGUCGAGGCAUCACACCAUUCUAACCAGAAAUGUGUGCAUAUCUUGGAAAUUGAGAUUCCGACAUACGACAAAUGUUCGGAAAAGUUUAAAUUAGACAAGAAAAGGUCCCCCAACUGUUAUUUGAUUUUCCGGUGUGCUUUAAUUUGGUCAAACAAAGAAACUUGGAAAUGUAGCAAUUUGGAUUGUCUCCUCCAUACGUCAAUCGACCGGAACGUGUAUUCUAAAUUGGCAUCCAGCAUUUGGAAGAAAUGUAAUGAAGAAAUCAGAAAACUGUUCAAAGACCUCCAGAAUCAAUUUGAAAAUCAGCGUAAGGCUCAAAGAACCAUAAUCGACGGUUCAUCUUCAUACAAUCCAAAUAAUAUUCUUGAUAUGGUAGACCAAAGUGCACUUCUAUUCCAACCAUUACCGUAUAUAAACUUGGAAGACUGGCAGAAGUAUAUAUAUUCUGUGUACCCGGAACCGGUUGUUGAUUAUUAUUAUCAUGAUCAUGAUAACGUGAGUCAGUAA